AUGUACAGCUACGGCGUGACAGCUCUCCACCCAGGUCCAGACUGGCCCCGAGUUAUCGCGGCUUACAAACUCUCGGUGUUCGCUCAUAUCGUAGACACGAGUCUCACUGUGUCAGCCCCGUUGAUUAAACGUGGCAUUUACGUAUUCUCAAGUCUUGAGAUCAAAGCGCGGAGGAUAGCUUUGGAUCGUGCGGGUCUGGUUGCGCAUUUCUCGGUUCUGGUACCGCUUGUCGUGCUCCUGAUACUGAGAUUCGGGAAAUGGAUUGUUAGGAGGUCGGUGAAGAACGAUUAUGAUGCUGUUCCUGGGAGUCCGAUCCGGAAAGCUGCGAGGUUGGAGACGGGUGUGAAGGUUUCGAGGACUUGGGGGAGAGUGAGUUGGUGGUUGGAUGAGGAGAUGGUAGCUGGAUGGGGGGAGAGGAAGUUUUGGAUUGCUGGGUUGGGGUGGUGGGCUUGGUUGAUUACUCUUUGUGUUGUGGGGACUGGUGAUGACUACAUGCACAUCACCAAGCGCUUCGGGAUAGUUGCAGUCUCUCAAUUCCCAAUCCACUACAUGCUGUCCAUGAAAUCAGCUUACUCGCCAUUAUCCCUCGCCCUCAACACUUCUCACGAAGAACUCAACCCUUACCACCGAGUCCUCGGUCGUGUAAUUUACUCCCUCCUCUUUCUACACGCAAGCUGGUAUCUCAAUUUCUUCGCCUGGGCAGGUUUCCUCAGUGCACUCUACAAACGCCCGGUAGUAAUCAUAGGAUGGACGGUCUUCCUACUCAUAACCACCAUGGUAACCACAGCCCUCGAACCGAUUCGAAGAUGGUCAUACCGAGUGUUUUUCACCAUCCACCUUAUCUUCGGCAUCAUAAUCCUCCCAAUGCUCUUUUUCCACACCUCAGCACUGAGAAUCUACAUCCUCGAAGCGUUCGGACUCUUUAUCUACGACAUAAUCUGCCGCAAAUUAGACACCACCACAGGAUUCGCAAGCAUAACCGCCAUCCCCAACACCAACCUCGUAAAACUCGAAAUCCCUAUCCCAGCCACAAAACAAAAACGCUUCACCGCCGCACCAGGCCAACACAUUUACCUCUCCAUCCCCCCAGAAAGCACACCUCCCAACACCUCCACCCUCUCAAUCCACAACCUCCUCUUCAACCCCUUCACCAUCGCCUCCGUCUCCGCAACUUCAAUAACCCUAGUCCUCCGCUCCCUCUCGGGCCCAACCUCCAAAGCCCUAAAACACCUGACCACCCUCCCGAAAGCUCACCCACCAAUCUCCGUCGAAGGCCCUCUCGGCUCCACAAAGUCAUUUCCAGAUCUCACAUCCUACGACAGAAUCCUCCUCAUCGCCGGUGGCAUAGGCGCAACUUACAUCCUCCCACUCUACGAACACCUCCAAGAUCAAAUGGAAACACACGCCCGCUCGCCAGAUCGCGUACAACUCAUCUGGUCUAUCCGUUCAGCGGCGGACGCUUCCUGGGCACUUAAGCCUGAAGGUCGCGUCCCGUUAAACGACGACGAGAAUGUCAGGAUUUUCAUCACGCAACAUUCUUCAGCGAGUGAAGAAAGUGUUAUUCCUGGCAGUCCGACCGCGAUCGAGAUGAGUGAUUUGAAGAAGGAGGAGGUGGUUGUGAAUGCGAGAGGUGGGUAUGAGAGGCCUGAUUUGAAGGAGGUGGUGGAUGGGGUGUUUAAGUUAGGAAGGGAGGAGAGGGUUGCGGUUGUGGUCUGCGGGACGAAGGGGAUGGCAAGGGUGGUUAGGGGGGAGGUUGGACGGUGGGUUGAGUGGGGGAGGGAGGUUUGGUUUCAUGAUGAGGGGUUUGGGUGGUGA